CUCCUUGUCCUGUCCCUCCAUCCCAAGUCCCUCUCCAGCUCUCCUGGAGCUCCUUUAGGCACUGGAAGGGGCUCUGAGGUUUCCCUGGAUCCUUCUCUUCUCCAGAUGAACACCCCCAGCUCUCCCAGCCUGGCUCCAGUGCAGAGGGGCUCCAGAGCAUCUCUCUGGCCUCCUCUGGGCUUGCUCCAGCAGCCCCACUCCUUCUGCUGUUGGAUCGCAGAUCUGGGGACAGCUCUGCAGGUGGGGUCUCACCUGAGAGUGCCAGAGUGGCAGAAUCCCCCCCUCCCCUGCUUCCCACUCUGCCCAGGAUACAUUGGAUGUUCUGGACCAAUCUUCCUUACUAUUCCAGGAGUUUCACGCCAUUCAGCAGCUGCAUAAUCUCCCUUUUUUUUUUUUUGUUUAUUUUUGGUGGCUGAGGCCAGGUUUCCAGCAGGUCCCUCACAGCUCAGGCUGACGUCUCCUCUUGGCGGGCUCCACGAGGGGCUCGGCCUCAUCCCCGGCCGUGCGUCACCCCUGGACAGGAGCCGUGUGUGUGUGUCAAGGUUAUUCCAGCUGAGCUUGGCCAACAGCUCCCUGCCAGAGGGAACAGCUCCAGCCUGGACACCCUGGCACAUCCCCCCUGCCAGAGGACACCGGCAGGGACGCAGCGUCCCGGCUUGGGGGGUUCUCAGAAGCAGAGGAAUUGCCAGCAGGGAAUGUGAGAGGCAUUUGUGUCCUGCUAUCCAGGCAGCAGCAGCUGGGGCUGAGCUGAGAGUAUCCCUUAGUUGUUGCAGCUUGAGUGCUCCCAAAUGCAGGGAUCUGAUGGAGUUUCUACUUGGCAGCCCUUGGGCACCACAGAGGCUUUUCCAUGGGCAAAAUGGCUUGUGCUUCAUCUUCUGGAUGUCCAAGGAAGGUGCUGUCUUUCUCCUCAAGCUCUUGAUACAGUUGGGAAAAUUAGAGGAGCUUCCCAAUGCAUAAGCAAAUCUGCAGGUCUGAACAGAAACUGUGGGGUUUGGAGCCAGCUGGGAGUUGAGAAUUUGGAGCUCAUUGUGUUGGUGUGGACCAUGUUCCUGAGGAUGUGGCUGGGAAUCUGCGAGAUCCUGUGCCCUGCAGAGUCUUUUAUUUUUCUUUAAAAGAAGAAAGUUCUGGAUUCUUUGGUUUAGCUCCCUGGAGGAGCAUCCUGUGGCAUCCCAGCAGCUGUGCAGCCCCAUAAAUCCUGUGGCAGCUCUGGGGUUUGGUUUGACCUCUCUUUCCUCCCUCUCCCAUUUUCUUUGAGGCUUGCAGUGGGACUUUCCAGACAAAGCCCAUGACUUUCUUAUCUUUCUUACCACCGUGACAUUCUAUUAAUAACUAAUUUACAAGAGCUGCUGGUUUCCAUAAACAUUUUUGACUUUUAUGUGAGCAACAGGUGUUGCUGCUUAUGUAACACCUUGGAAACCCCACAGAACAUCAGCAGCUGGCAGUUCACUCACUAAAUGUCAUUUUAUGACUGUCUUUUUUUUUUCUUUAUUCCCAAUUUUCCUUCUCCCAGUGCUUUAAUCUUCUUACAAACCCCAGAAAUUUCCUGCUAUCCCAGGCAGAUUAUUGUUCAUCGGAACACGUGUUUGCUUUCUGCUAAUCUUUUGGACUGCCACUAAUUAAUUUAAACUCUGUCCUUCAGCCAUGACCCAAGGCUGGCUGGUUCUGGGACUUGGAGGAGCUGCUUGUGCAGCUUCAGAGCCCUUUCCCUGUCUAUCCCAAACUUCCAGGCAUUUCAAAAUCAAGCAGGAGAGAACAGUGAAAUCCCUGGCUGCUGCUGCUCUCACACACACUUUUUUUAGUUUGGAUUUUUUUUUUUUUUUUCUUAAGGUGUGGGACAACUCCUACUCUCUGCCAGGUUUUGAUUGGCUUUCCAAAGAGGCAGUGUCCUAUAAAUUGCCUUCUCUGCUCUGCUUCUGCCUUAUCAUCAGCUGAGACCCAGGUGAGUACAGGAGAGGGAAAAUUCCAGCUGCAUUUCCAUUGCUUAAUCUAUUAGCUUUGGUUAUUGGUUUAAAAUACUGGGGUAGGGGAAAUAACUUUGAUGUUUCAGGAUAAAACUUCCUCAUUUUGCUGACACUUUCUAAUAUCAGUUUGAGUUGAUAAAUGAGAUCAGGGACUGAGAAACUAUUCAGAAAGGGAUGUGGGAAGGGAUUUGAAAAUAUAUUGUGGAAUCAUGGAAUGGUUUGGGUUGGAAGGGACCUUAAAGCUCAUCCUGUUUCAUGGGCAAGGACAUUUUCUGCUAUAAAUUAUAUCUAUAUAUUAUUUGGGUAAUUUUUUUCUCUUUAGUUCCCAACAGAACAGAAAUAUUCCCCUUUGGGAUAGUAAAAAGGGAAGCCUAUAAAAAUAUAAGUUAUUUUACAUCAGUUAAAUUAAUUUUGUGUGUGUUUUUGUUCAGAGGUGUUAGUAACUCCUGGAAGUUAUUUAAGAUGGAAAACUUGGAUCAAGGAGAAUGGGCUUUCCUGUAUGAGUUGCUUUUGCAAGUUAAUCACUGUGUGGGGAUGACUUCAGGUAUUUGGGGAAGUAUUUUUAAGGCAUAAUAUUGAUUUCUUUAUAUAUCUGUGCAUUUAGGGCAACUUUAGUAGCCAGUCACAUCUGGGUUUUCCCCCUUUGGAUUUGAAAUAGAAAUAAAUGCCAUCAGUGGAGGUUUUUGCAGCAGCUCUGCUGCCUGGCUGUUUCAGUGACUGGUGUAAAAUGCAUUUAAUGUUCUGAGUCAGACCUGGGAGUAAAUUCUCAGCUUUAAGACUUUGUGGUUUCACUCUAGGUAUGUUCAGAAAAACCAGUCCAGUCAUUGGGAAACCAAUUUUAGUCACAGCCAACUUUUGCUUGUACUUUGCAAAGCUCAAAAUGCCUUUUCAGGUACUUGGAGUGGAAAUUUUUUGUCACACAGACCAGUGAGUCUCUCUCAGUGCUGGAAGAUUUUAUUCUUUGAUGCUGAAAUAGGAAGGGGUUAUCGUGAGAACUGGUGUCUGAGUCUGUGUCCAGAUGGAAUUUGGAUAUUUCCAAGGAUGGGUAUUCCCAUCACCUCUCUGGGCAUCUCAGACCAAAUCUUUUUGAUCAGUUUGAAUGUAUUUUUUUAAUAAUGCAAUUUUAUGGGGCUGUCUUAUUAGACAAUAAGCACUUUAGCAAAUCUGUAUUUAAAUAGCAGAACUCCCUCAAGUACCAGAACACUUUCAGUCGGGUGACCUGAGAAGUGAAAGGAAUACCCACAUUAAUCACCUGUUUGCUUUUCUCUGCAACUGGAGUUCAUCUGCAGCAAUGAACUGCUGCAAUUUCUUGUGGAGAGCUUCCAUCUACCUGAGUCUCCUUUUUAUAUAUGCCCCAAUAAAGGAUUUGACAGGGUAACCUCAUCAGGCAAGUUUGAUAUAUGCUUUCAUCUGGGAAUUUACAUAUUCUAGAUCUUUGGGAAACACUUAAAAAUUGUUCAGAGGGGGUAAGGAAAAAAUGAAUGGUUGUGCCUUGCGGAUUUUAUUUGAGAGUAUUAAAUUUGCACCACAGAAAUGGCCACUUGUGGCUGCAGGUGUCAUUUAUUUGGGGUACUUUGCAUUUCCUUCUGCAAUAGGAAGGAUUUGCAGAGAAAGAACCCAAACUUGAAUGCAGCACAGAGUAAAUUAUAAUUAUGUGAAAUAAUUAGGACAUUUUCCUGAGGCCUGGCUAAGCCCUGCCACUCCUCUGUUUGCUUUCUGGGUACCAUCUUUCCUGAGUGUUAAAUCAGAGUAAAUCUCCCUUUUUUCCAAGUUAUUUCCUGCUGCCUCCUUGGCUCAUCUGCUCUUGCUGAUGCAAUCCUGAGGAGUUUUGCUUAUUCACAGCAGCCUGUAAAACUUUCACUCCAAAUGUGGCAUCACAGCAGCUUUGUUUUAUUCUAUAUUUAUGCUUAAAAUCACAGUUUUGAACAAAGUUUUAAAAAAAGUUUAAACUUAAGCUUUACAGUGUUCUCCCUGUCCAUUUUUCUGGACUGUGGAUAUUUUCCUGAGCUCACUCCAGGGAAUACAUUACCUCUGCUCAUGUUACAUCCCAGGCUGCUUUCAGCCCUUGUCUGGCAUCAAAUUCCUCUGGAUCCCUGAAGAAUUUUCUGGGGGAACGUUUUAAAAGCAGUUUAAUGGGGUUGAAUCACUCCUGACUCAUCUUUUGUCUCUCUCCUGGCAGCACACCUGAAGGGGGAAGAUGCCAGUCAUCAGGAACCUGGGCAGAGCUGCCAGCCAGCUGCUGCAGAGCUCUGGCUGUGGCUGUGGCGUGUCCCUCGUGCCCGCCCGGGCCAUCGGGGUGUCCCCACGCCAGGUGGCCUCCGACGCCAGCUUCCACUCGGUGACGUUCUCCGAGUCGGAUCAUCCCCGGGUGCUAAUCACAGGUGGUCUUGGCCAGCUUGGGGUGGGACUUGCAAAGCUGCUGAGGAAACGCUUUGGAAAGAACAAUGUGAUCUUGUCUGACAUUAGAAAGCCUGCAGAUAAUGUUUUUUAUAGUGGUCCUUUCAUCUUCGCGGAUAUCUUGGACUACAAGAACCUGCGGGAGAUCGUGGUGAACAACCGCAUCACGUGGCUGUUCCACUACAGCGCCCUGCUCAGCGCCGUGGGAGAGGCCAACGUGCCCCUGGCCAGAGCUGUCAACAUCACUGGUUUACACAAUGUUCUGGAUAUUGCAGCUGAGCAUAAUUUAAGGCUUUUUGUUCCAAGCACCAUUGGAGCCUUUGGACCCACCUCUCCUCGAGAUCCAACUCCUGAUCUUUGCAUUCAGAGACCAAGGACAAUCUAUGGAGUCUCCAAGGUCCAUGCUGAGCUCAUGGGAGAAUACUACCACUACCGCUAUGGCCUGGACUUCCGCUGCCUCAGGUAUCCAGGGAUUAUCUCUGCUGAUUCCCAGCCUGGAGGGGGAACAACUGAUUAUGCUGUUCAGAUUUUCCAUGAUGCCAUAAAGACUGGCAAAUUCAAGUGUUACCUGAGGCCGGACACCCGGCUGCCCAUGAUGUACAUCGAUGACUGCCUGAAGGCCACGCUGGAGGUCAUGGAGGCCCCUGCAGAAACCCUGACCAUGAGGACCUACAACAUCAGUGCCAUGAGCUUCACUCCUGAGGAGCUGGCCCAGGAGGUACAGAAGUAUGUCCCUGAGCUCCAGAUGACCUACAAUGUGGAUCAAGUCAGGCAGGCCAUAGCUGACAGCUGGCCCAUGAACUUCGAUGACAGCAACGCCCGCAGGGACUGGGGUUGGAAACACGAUUAUGACCUCCCCGAGCUGGUGACCACAAUGUUUAGCUACCUUGGGUCUGACUCUAGGAUUGCCCAAGCUAACUGAAAUGCUUUCAGAUGUUUCCAGAUUUCCACAGAGGACCAGGAAGAAAUGGCCGAAUGUUAGUUUCUAAUUUUCUGAGUCUUAAAGCACAUCAGUUACUAAUUUUUGUUAGUAGUGACAGUGUUGGGCAGAAAUGUCCUGUAGCUGGGAUGUCCUUUAGAUAAACAACAGCACUGGGUGCUGUCCCCAAACACAGCACUGCUGACAGAGUUCUUGAACUUUCACACUUAGGGAAAAACACAAAAAUUACUUACUCCUGGCCUAUGGCUCUCCAGUCAUUCCUGCCUCUUCCUUGGCAAACAACGUGGGAUAGCAUUGUCCAACCUGGCCUUUCAGGCAUAUCCUGAAAAGUUAACAAUAGGUUUUGCUUCUUCCUGGUGAAGGAUGUUAGGUUGUAGCAAGAUCCUUUUUACUCUUUAUUUGCAAAAGAGACUUCAGAAGAGCUGUUUCAUGUUUCCAAAUUGCAGGGGGCUGUUGCAAUUUAGUUUAAAAUCAAACUUUGCUCGAUAACUCCUAUUUAUAUCUCUUUAGCGCUGUCUAAGCAUACACUUUUCUAUACCUAGGCCAUGCAGAGUAGCAUUCUUAUGAUGCUGCUUAUAAAUGUGAAGUGGAAUAGGACUUGAAUUUUCAUUAUGCUUUAAAAAAACCAGAGUUUACAAGCAAAGCUUUGUCCUGUUAUCUGCAAGUGCUGCUGCCUUCAGUGCAACCUCGGAAGGAGAGCCGAAAUCUGAAGAGCUGUUCCAUGGAUGUGAGGCUCGGUAGGAUUUCAGGGAGGCCAAGCCUCUGGCUGUGGUUUUUAGCUGUACUUUUGGUUCUCCCAGUUGUUUGGAGUCCCUGCACAGUGUCACAUUGCCUGGAACAAGUUUGAAAGGUGGGCUGAGGAUGGAGCCUUACUGUAGAGUCAGGUCAGCCUUGGAAAUAUUUCCUGUUCACCCCAUUUUCCACGUGCACUGUGUAGAUGCUGUUUAUAUGUAACUCAUACCCUUUUAUUCUUCAGAGAGGGAUCCAGAAGCUGAAACCAUCUUCUAGCUACAGCUAAGGGCUGUUCUCCUUGUUGAGUUUCAUGCACAGGAGAUUCUGGGAUGCACAAGGGAGUUUUAGUAAAUAUGUGAGAGGAAGAGGUGUCAGUUCAAAAGUUACUUGGGACACUUCAGGAAAUGACAAAAUGGAGAGACAGGAAUGUCAUUGUAGGUAAAAUACCAGUUUCCAUGGAUGUGAGUCUGAGCUAUCAGCUACUCUAGCUGAGAAACAGCCUCUGGGAGCUUUGGAUUUUAUUUUUUUCAAAGAAAAAAAUACCUUUCAUUUUCAAAAUGACUGGAAAUUCCCUACGGAAGCUCUCCUUUUUUCUUUUUUUUUUUUUUUUUUUUUUUUUUACUCCAUUUUUUUUUUU